AUGAACUCCUCGAAGCCCCUCACCGCCUCGCUUGAUACCGUCGUCCAUGAUGUCAUCCUCAACAAUAUUUCUCCUGAGUUGAUCGAACAUUCAACUUCAACCCGCCGAUGUCAUCUCACUUAUGAAAUCCUCUAUGCUGGCAAUAUUGAUGUUGGUCCCAAGUUUGUUUCUUCUGUUCGUUCUUAUGUUGCUACCUGGCGUUCCAUCUACCAAUCAUUGUCGCCUGAUUCGGUCGUGGCCUUCAACGCUUUGGCUUCAAUGGGUCCCAUUUGGGAGCGCUUCAUCCAGUACGCCUUGGAGCACCGCUUUGAUAGUAACAACAAUACUGACAACCUUGAUAUCAACAACUUCAUCCGGAACACUGAUAAAUGGGCCAAGUUGUUGAAGAUUACUGGACCUCCUGCUACUCUUUCGACUGAAGCGUUCGUUGCUUCAUCAAAGAAGUACAAUAACAAAUCUAAGGGUGAUGGUAUCAAAUGUCCUUGUAAGAGACGUGGUCAUACUUCCAACAAUUGUCAUGUCUCUUGGGAAGAGGUUCAGGCUGCUCGCCAAGAUAAAAAGGGGAUGACAAGGAAUCUAAGGAGGCUAAAACCUCAAGAGGUUGGUUUGCUGAGACUUUUGGGAUGA